GAAAAGCCCGGAACAGCAUGGGUAGACGGCCUGAGUCUUUUGGGACCAGUUGUCGGCAAUUUUUGUAUGGACCUUGCUAUCAAGAAGGCUAAAGAUGUUGGUAUCGCCUGUGUAUCUGCUAAAGGCUCAAAUCAUUAUGGUAUCGCUGGUUGGUACAGUAUGAGGGCGAUGAGACAAGGUCUCAUUGGAAUAUCAUCCACCAACACAUCCCCUAUAAUGUUUCCAACAAGAGCAGCGAAACCAGCUCUUGGCACCAAUCCGAUAGCAAUCGGCGCUGAAGGUACUGGAGGCGAUUCUUAUCUUCUCGACAUGGCCACGACCACUGUGGCAAUCGGAAAAGUACGAGUUUUUUCUGUG